CGCGCGCGCGCCCGCUCGCCCCGCCGGCCGCCGCUCGCUCGCUGGCUCUGCCGCGCUCUGUGUGUGGGGUUUAGAUCCGCCCGACCCGGUGAGGCGCGGCGCGGCGGGAUGCGGCGGCGGCCGUGGCGGGGCCGCGGGCCGGGCUGGCGGGCGCGGUGAUGAGUGUCUGCGGCCGCCGCCAUGUCCAAGGUAACGGCGCCCGGGCCCGGGCCGCCGGCGGCGGCAGGCGGGAAGGAGAAGCGCUCCUUCAGCAAGCGGCUGUUCCGGAGCGGCCGCGCUGGGGGCGGCAGCGCCGGGGGCCCUGGGGCGCCCGGGCCGGCCGCGCCCUCUUCGCCUUCCUCGGCGCGCUCAGUGGGCAGCUUCAUGAGCCGCGUCCUCAAGACGCUGUCCACGCUCUCGCACCUUAGCUCCGAGGGCGCCGCCCCGGACCGCGGCGGCCUCCGCAGCUGCUUCCCGCCUGGGCCAGCCGCCGCGCCCACGCCGCCGCCGUGCCCGCCGCCGCCCGCCUCUCCUGCGCCGCCCGCCUGCGCCGCCGAGCCGGUGCCCGGCGUGGCGGGGCUCCGCAACCACGGCAACACGUGCUUCAUGAACGCCACGCUGCAGUGCCUCAGCAACACCGAGCUCUUCGCCGAGUACCUGGCGCUGGGCCAGUACCGGACAGGGCGGCCCGAGCCCUCGCCUGACCCCGAGCAGCCUGCGGGCCGCGGCGCGCAGGGCCAGGGCGAGGUCACCGAGCAACUGGCGCACCUGGUGCGGGCCCUCUGGACCCUGGAGUACACCCCGCAGCAUAGCCGGGACUUCAAGACUAUUGUGUCAAAGAAUGCACUGCAGUACCGGGGAAAUUCUCAGCAUGAUGCUCAGGAGUUUCUGCUGUGGCUUUUGGACCGAGUUCAUGAAGACCUCAACCAUUCAGUGAAGCAGAGUGGCCAGCCUCCUCUGAAGCCACCAUCAGAGACUGAUAUGAUGCCUGAGGGACCAUCCUUUCCUGUCUGUAGCACUUUUGUGCAAGAACUCUUUCAAGCCCAGUACAGAUCUUCCUUGACAUGUCCUCAUUGUCAGAAACAGAGCAACACUUUUGAUCCUUUCCUCUGCAUUUCUUUGCCAAUUCCUCUACCCCACACAAGGCCUCUCUAUGUCACCGUAGUGUAUCAAGGGAAAUGUUCUCACUGCAUGAGGAUUGGUGUGGCUGUGCCUCUGUCUGGGACUGUCGCCAGACUUCGGGAAGCAGUGUCUAUGGAAACAAAGAUCCCCACUGAUCAGAUUGUGUUAACGGAAAUGUACUAUGAUGGGUUCCAUCGUUCCUUCUGUGAUACAGACGACCUGGAAACAGUCCAUGAAAGCGACUGCAUUUUUGCCUUUGAGACUCCUGAAAUAUUUAGGCCUGAAGGAAUUAUCAGUCAGAGAGGAAUUCACUUAAACAACAACCUAAACCACUUGAAAUUUGGCUUGGAUUAUCAUAGACUGUCUUCUCCUACACAAACAGCAGCAAAGCAAGGGAAAACUGAUCAACCCACCACAAGAGCAGGCAGUGACAAGAUUGUCCUGUUAGUGUGUAACCGAGCCUGCACUGGGCAACAAGGGAAAAGAUUUGGACUGCCUUUUGUGCUGCACUUAGAGAAGACAGUAGCUUGGGACCUUCUGCAGAAGGAAAUCUUGGAGAAGAUGAAGUAUUUCUUGAGGCCUACGGUUUGCAUUCAGGUGUGUCCAUUCAGCUUGCGUGUGGUCAGUGUUGUUGGAAUAACAUACUUGCUGCCCCAGGAGGAGCAGCCCCUGUGCCAUCCAACAGUAGAAAGGGCCUUAAAAUCUUGCGGACCAGGUGGCACCGCUCAUGUGAAAUUAGUAGUCGAGUGGGACAAGGAGACAAGAGAUUUCUUGUUUGUAAAUACUGAGGAUGAGUAUAUCCCUGAUGCAGAAAGUGUUCGUCUGCAAAGGGAGCGUCAUCAUCAGCCUCAAACCUGCACUUUAUCCCAGUGUUUCCAACUUUACACCAAAGAGGAGCGGCUUGCCCCUGAUGAUGCCUGGCGUUGCCCACAUUGUAAGCAGCUGCAGCAGGGAAGCAUUACGUUAAGCCUGUGGACUCUGCCUGAUGUGCUUAUUAUACAUCUAAAGAGAUUUCGGCAGGAAGGAGACAGGCGCAUGAAACUUCAGAACAUGGUCAAGUUCCCCUUGACUGGCCUGGACAUGACACCUCAUGUGGUUAAGAGGAGCCAGAGCAGCUGGAGCUUGCCAUCCCAUUGGUCCCCGUGGAGACGGCCCUAUGGACUCGGGAGGGACCCUGAGGACUACAUCUAUGACCUGUAUGCUGUGUGCAAUCACCAUGGCACCAUGCAAGGGGGGCACUACACAGCGUACUGUAAGAACUCUGUGGAUGGCCUCUGGUACUGCUUUGACGACAGCGACGUGCAGCAGCUGUCAGAAGAUGAGGUCUGCACGCAGACGGCAUACAUCCUUUUCUACCAGAGGCGGACAGCCAUCCCGUCGUGGUCAGCCAACAGCUCAGUGGCAGGCUCCACGAGUUCUUCCUUGUGCGAACACUGGGUGAGCCGGCUCCCAGGCAGCAAGCCAGCCAGUGUGACCUCUGCAGCUUCCUCCAGACGCACCUCCCUGGCCUCGCUCUCUGAGUCCGUGGAGAUGACUGGAGAAAGGAGUGAAGAUGAUGGAGGCUUUUCAACUCGACCUUUUGUGAGAAGUGUCCAGCGUCAGAGUUUGUCAUCUAGAUCUUCUGUCACCAGCCCCUUGGCCGUCAAUGAAAAUUGCAUGAGACCUUCGUGGUCCCUGUCUGCUAAGCUGCAGAUGCGCUCCAGUUCUCCAUCCCGAUUUUCAGGGGACUCUCCAAUUCACAGCUCUGCCUCCACUUUGGAGAAGAUUGGGGAGGCAGCAGAUGACAAGGUCUCCAUCUCUUGCUUUGGUAGCUUGCGGAACCUUUCUAGCAGUUACCAGGAACCAAGCAAUAGUCACAGUCGCCGUGAGCACAAGGCUCUGGGCCGGGCCCCUCUGGCUGUCAUGGAAGGUGUGUUCAAAGACGAAUCUGACACCCACAGAUUGAACUCCAGUGUUGUAGAUACACAGAGCAAACAUUCAGCACAAGGAGACCACCUGCCCCUAGUCUCUGAUCCAUUCGAUAACAAUAAUCAGAUCGCUUAUGUAGAUCAGAGUGACUCUGUAGACAGCUCUCCAGUCAAAGAGAUGAAAUCCCCCAGCCACCCAGGCUCACUCGCCAAGAAACCAGAGAGCACAACCAAGAGAUCCCCCGGUUCCAAAGGCGCUUCUGAGCCAGAGAAAAGCUUGCGGAAGGGGAGACCAGCUUUGGCAAGCCAAGAGUCAUCACUUUCAAGUACAUCCCCUUCUUCUCCUCUUCCUGUAAAAGUCCUAAAGCCCUCCCGCUCCCGCAGCAAAGCAGAGUCUUCUUCCAGGGGCAGUGGACGGCAUUCAUCUCCUGCCCCUGCCCAACCCAAAAAGGAGUCAUCCCCGAAAUCUCAGGACUCCAUGUCAUCUCCUUCGCCACAGAAGCAGAAGUCAGCCUCAGCCCUUGCUUACACUGCUUCCUCCACAUCUGCCAAAAAGGCCUCGGGCCCUGCCACAAGGAGCCCCUUCUCGUCUGGGAAGAGCAGGACUUCAGACCGGAGCUUGAGUAGAGAGGGUUCCAGACAAAGCUUGGGUUCCGACAGAGCCAGUGCCACCUCUGCCUCCAAACCCAACUCCCCUCGUGUGAGCCAGGCCCGAGCAGUGGAGGGCAGGGGGGCUGGGAAGCAUGUGCGGAGCUCCUCAAUGGCCAGCCUGCGCUCCCCCAGCACAAGCAUCAAGUCUGGUCUGAAGAGGGACAGCAAGUCUGAGGACAAGGGGCUCUCCUUUUUCAAAUCAGCCUUGAGACAGAAGGAAACCCGGCGCUCAACGGAUCUUGGCAAGACAGCCUUGUUGUCUAAAAAGGCUGGUGGGAGCUCUUCUAAGUCCGUGUGUAAGAACACCGGGGAUGACAAGACAGAGAAAGGCCACCAGCCUUCAGCUUCCCAGCAGCCAAAUGCAAACGCAAAGGGAAAAGAGCAGCUUGUCUCCAAGGACCCUGCUUCUGCCAAACAGUCCCUGCUGUCCGCUCGCAAAUCCAAGUCUUCCCAGCUAGACUCUGGAGUUCCCUUGUCUCCUGGUGGCAGGCAGUCUGCAGAGAAAUCCUCAAAAAAGUUAUCUUCUAGCAUGCAAACCUCUGCACGGCCUUCUCAAAAACCUCAGUGAUAUUUCUGCAAUCAAAGUGUUUUAUCUGUAAAGAUGUUUAUUUAUUUAGAACUCCUCCCCUCCCACCAAAGUCCCCUGUGCUUUUGUUUUGUAUUUUUUUGAGUCACAUGCCCAACUGUGUGUGUGUGUGUGUGUGUGUGUGUGUGUGUGUGUGUGUGUAAUUCAAUUGCAAAUUGUUCAAAGCGUCGCCUUAUUCUGCCAUUGAACCAAAUAACAGCCAUAGGCAAAACAUCGACACCAAGCUAACUGGAAUAAUCAUAGACAAUACCCAGCACAGUCCCUUUAGCAAUUGUACGUAUUUCUUUCUAGAGAACUCUAAUGACUUUCUUUGGAUAUGAGGGUUUUGAAACCUGUGAACCAGUAAAGCUACCAUUAGUGUGUAGAAGGGGAAGGAACUGACUUGUGUUUCUUCUGAGCAGGACUUGUCUUUACUGUGGAUUGUUGGGUGGCACCAGGAACUCUAAAAACUGUGACUUUAACAACGAAACAAAUUGAGGGAAAAACUGUUGCUUUCUGCACUUUCGCCCCAUCUACCAGUCUUUGUAAAGGACAAUAUUUUAACACUAAUGUUUCUCAGGUAUAUACUCAACUAGUCUAGGGUGGAUACACACCAGUAAAUGGAUUAAAGAGGAAGGUGCCAUGUGGGUGACUGUGUCAUUUCUCCUACUGCCACAGAUAGACGUUCUUGAGGUAGAAAUGAAGCCUUUCACCACCUUCAUAUCUGCAGCUAUGUGUGCACGAAAACCUGUCUUGACUCUUGGGAUAGAUCCUAUGAGGUGGCAGAUUGGAUAGCCAGAAAGCGAGUCACUCGUUUAAUUUUUUUUUCCUUCUAAAAUUACUAGCUAAGGCCGUUGGAAUUUUGCACAGUAGUAGAGCAGUUAACACCUUUGACGGAUUCCUGGAAAAAACUUCUGGAUUCUAAACUGGGUGAAAGACUGGACAUCAUUUUCCUUGUCAGGUGUUGCUUUUUUCCAUUAGAGGUGGGAAGCUCCACGAUGCCCUGUGUCUGCGGGCUCAUGUUCCCUCGUCUUAUAGCUUGGAGAGGAAGUUGCCUACUGCCAAAAGCCAAUGGUGGUAUGUUGAAGCGAUGUGUGAUCACGUAUUACAUACACACUUCAGAUCCUGUCUGUCAGUCUCAGUUAGGGCUGCUUUUCAGUAACUCAUUUAUUAUUUCUUCUUUGUUCUCAAGAUUUCGUCUCAUGGCCAGAACUCACAAGCAGGCUUUGGAGUGUGUUCCAUCUGGCCAUGUCAGUGCAAAUUGCAUUUCUUACCAAGAAAAAGGAGAACUUCCCAAAAAAACUCACAGAUAAGUGAAAUAUAUAGUUUUGCGAGCUUUUGAGAGGUCUCCUGGCAAUACUUUCCUGCUCAAUUUUUAGCUUUUUUUUUCUCUUUUUUAAAAAAAGGUCAAGAGAAUGAGGGUCCCAGUUCUCUCUAAAUAGUAUUUGUUACUUUGCCACUAAAUACAGCAUGCUAAGUUUAUGUGCUUUUAAAUAUUAGCGUUUUUUGUCAGACUCUUGAAGUUCUUCUUGAACCCUUGGUUCCCAGAUCCAUAUAUAACCUCCCUUUUCAGUAUUGCUGUGUGAAGUAACUGUAACACAUAUGCAUGCAUAGCUAUGAAUUCUACAUUGCCUUUUUUUUCCUAUCCCCCCCGCCCCGCUCCCCAAAGAAUAUCUCUUGGGAAAUGUUUUUAGUAGGUUACUUAACUUUAUUUUGCUGCUAAUUUGAGCAUGAGCUGGUAACUUGGAAGUCUGGGGGCCACUUAUGUUGAGGGUUGCUGGAAUUGUAGACCCCUGGCAGUGUUUCAGAUUUACAUACUCAACCUUGUGAAAGUUACCACAGUGCUCCCUGUGAUUCAUUGACCAUGAGCCCGUUGUCCAUUGCACUCAGCCCUGUACUCGCCUCUUAACUCGUUCUCCUCAUUUUGUUGUUCAGAUUCUGGUGGGUAUUCACAGCAGCACUACUCUCCUGUGCUCAGUACAGCUGCGGCAGCUGGCUGCCUUCGAUGUUACCAUUGCUUUCAGCCCAGCACGUCAGAGCCCCAUAAGUGUUUAGCCACCACUCUCAUUCUCUAUAUUGCUUUUAUCUCCUGAAAAAAACACACCAAACAUCAGAUCGUAUCAGGAAUUGAAUGUCUGUCUUGUAUUUGUUUAAUAGGUAGAUCUUAUUUGAAGUCUCCUACCUGAAGCUCUGAAACAAUUAUAGUUGGAUUAGGCAAAGGUUUUUAAUAACAAUUCUUUUUUGCUGUAGUCAGUUUAAUUUUCACAGUGACAAAUAUUUUUAUUCUUGAUUCAUGUAGGAAUGAAUUUUCCAUGCUGUCUAGUGACUUAAAAAAAAGAAAAAAGUUUCUACAAAUCCCUUUGGUUUUCCAUGGGAUCUAGAAAUAAAAUUUCAGUGUCUAUAAACUGUAUGUCUGUGGAGUUUAGUCCUUGUUUCAGGUUUAAUAGGAAAAAAUCAGGAAAGUAAGGCAUUGUCUAGACAUCUUGAAGCUAUUAUAUUUGCAUGGUUGGUAAACAGUGAAAAUUUUAUUAUCUGCAACUACUAGGUACAACUUUAGGCCACAGGAAAGGUUAUUUGGCCCAGAAGUUGGGAGGUGCUCCUGGAGGUGUGAAAUAUCUUAUAGGAAAGUUGUUACUUGAUUAAAUAUAGUUCAUUGGUAGGAUUGGGGACUUGUUUUUUUUAUUUUUAAAAUUUUCCCUGUGAUAUUUAGCAAAGGAACAUGUAUGUGCUUUGGGGUUAAAAAUUACCUGCUAAGGAUGAUAGUCCUGGGUUUCUGGUUGUCAACUAGAUGGGCCUGAUUACAGCAGUCAUUUCCUGGUAGGCGCAAAAUAAUCACCAGCAGUAAGGUUGUAUCUGUAAUGUUUGUUUGCUUUUUUAAAAAAGUUUAAUCCUUGAUUUCCUGUAAACAUCCAUUGCACUGGGCCAUAUCAUUCCUUAAAAUAGCCCUACACCUUGCCUUGGUAAUCCCUUAGACAAUGUGGAAACUCAAACCAGUAGGUUCCAGUCAUCUUAUACCGUUUCCCGUCCAUUUUAUAUUUUCUCAUCCUAAAAGCAGCCGAACUGAAAGUAAGUAAUAAUAUGCUGGAGCAGUGGAAACGGAUGUGGGAGUAUUUGUGGUGUGCUAAAAUAUUGUAAUUAUCUGUGAGGCUACCUGACAUGCUUUUGCAAUGUUGCUUUCAUCACUCAUUCUGCAAACAUUCGCAGAGGGCCUGCUUUGUGCACAAAGGCAAAACUGAAAGCUUCAGGGAUUUGCUGUAGCUGAGGAGACCUGGGAGCACAGCCCAUCAAGCAGGGGAUGUGAUGGUAUCCUAAAUGGAGUGACAGUUCUCCUGGACAAAGAGAUCAUGUGGAUUCCAGUCAAAUCGGCUAAGGCUUGUGGUUUUCUUGAACAAGUCUGUUCUGUCUGGAAACCAAAAGUGCCCUUCAUCUUUGGAGACAUUUUACUCUUACAUCCACCUUUUCAGACUGAGCUGUCUCUACUAUUUAGGGGUUGAAAAUCCAUUAGACAGUCACUUUACGUUAACAUUGGGUCAUGUAUGUUUGUAUGAGACAGAAGUGGGAUUUGAGGGGAACAUUGUCAUUCCUCUAAAGUAACUAUCAUGAAAAAAAUAGAAGCAGUAUGUAAAGGGACCAAGAGUGGCAGCCUUUAGGGAAAAUGGGGCAGAGAAGAGCUGUGAACAAAGCUCAUUCAUUUGAAAUAAAUGUGCUUUAUUUCAUAUGGAGGAGCAUCAAACGUUACAUUUCAUUCAGACAAAUUACUGAACAGCCGAAAUGUUUGUUUCCUAUGUAGGUUAUUAUAUUAUUGGAUACAAAGAUAACUAGUGUUUUUCUGGGUUGGAUUUUUAAAAUAGUAUGCAAAUCAUAAGCACAGUUUCAAUAAAACACGUAUUCUGGAGGUGCGUGGAACUUUGUAUUAUUCGUAGUUGAGAAAGGUAACAUUUCCUGACAAAUCAGUGCCUAUCAUAAACACAAAAAGUAGCUGUUAAUGUGCAGGCUGUCUUUAAUUUUGAUUUCAUAAAGGGUACGUUAUUGUUAAACCCUACUACAUGUUUUGCGGAGAAAUCCAGUGCUUUUAUUUGAACACUGUCUCACACUGCCUUUUGAUCAACUUUCCAAGUGUUUUGCAGGCGCAUUUUGAGCGUGACCAAUCAUUUUUCCCCCCAAGUAAUGGAAACAAUUGUGCAUGGCCUCCAUAUAACCCACAAAGCAUGCUGUUACUACCUAUGCAAGCGACAAAUAAAACAUAGACACGAAAUGUUAAGUCUUAAAAAAAAAAAGGCAACAUUUAGAGUAUGGAGCUCUACUUUUAAAUUUGUGAUUUUCAGAAUAUGGCUUACUCAUUGUGUAGAAGAGCAUGAAUGUGAUUUCUUGUUUUGCUUUUCAUGUAUUUCUCUGCUGAUUUUUGAUCAUUGGUGAGAUUGUUAAGUAUUUUGCAAGUAGAAUUGGAAUUGGUAUGUUGAACAUACAUCGUUGGUGUAUAUACUGUAUUUAGCCUGAAGACUUUUCCUAAAGUAUUUUGUUCUAAAAAUAACCUUCCAUUUUCUAUAGAUUUUAAUUUUUUAUAUCUUCAAGGGUUCUGUUGUGGUCACAAGGAAAGAAUGUGGCUUCAAAUAGUGCUAAGAAUUUAAAGAUGCUUUUGUAGAGACUUAGAGCUGUUUUGGAAAGCUUUGGGGAUUCCCAGCCACUGGUCACAAUUAGACCAAGCCCAUGGAAUUUAUGGUAGUGUGCAGUGGAUGGGGUUCUAGACCCGUCUUACAUUUGUUUAAAUCUAGUGUUUCCCAAUUUUGGGGAGAAGGGGUACACAGCAGAGGCUUUUUUGAAUCUCACACAUGUAUUCUCAAGAUUUUCUUAAGCCUCUUCUGAAUGACUUGGCUGAGAUGGUAAAGACCCACAUUGGCUAGAAUCAGCUGGGGAACUUUUAAAAAUACAGAGCCUGGGUUCCAGCCCCUAGCUUUUGAUCUAAUUCAUGUAGGGGUGGGCUCCAGGAAUUAGCAUGCAUUUUAAAGCUUCUGCAUGUUUGUAAUUUGCAUUCGGAUUGAGAAUCACUAUGAUAUGACAUCCCUUUACUGAGAAUUAUGGUGAGAAUCACUGCCAUAGGAAGUACUCAGGAGUGACUUCCGAUUCCUCAGUUGUGUAUGAGAGGCAAAAAAAUAAGAAUAAAAAAGAAUUGAGAGAUACUGAUAUCAAACUCUUAUUUGAAAUAUGAGGGCCUUUCUAAUUCAAGGCACAUUUCGGGAGCUUGGAGCAUGUUGUGGAUGACCUAGCACUCGCCAAUCUAGUAGGAAUUGGUGGUCUUAGUUGCUGGAGCAGGCUGUGUCGCUGUGGAGUUUGCAUCAUUCUCCAGGGCCUUUUUCCCCAGACCCAUGGGGGAAUCGGGAAGUCACUCCAAGCUAGAAAGUGUCAAAGAAGAAAGUAAGAAACAACCUUCCUAGACUUGGGAAACCUGUCCCUGCUUUUGAUAGAAUGAUUGCCUUUUUGUAGGAAUUAUAAUAGUGAACCCCAGGCUGCCACUAAUUUCCUACUUUCCUCAUUCUCUAGGAUGGUUCUUACUUAUCCAGAAUGUGGUUUCAGGAAUUCUUUUUUUAGUUUGAAAAUGAAUGUGAAACAUUUUGUUUGGUUUCUUUUUGUUGUUGUUUGUGUGUAACCCUCGUCACUAUUUUUUUGUUAUUUUUUUUACAAAUCAAGUAAUACAUACCCCAAAAUUUGGCACUCUAUGUUAACUAUGGAGGCAAAUUAGUUUUAAUCUGUGGUGAGCUGAAUGCACUACAACACCUUCGAAGUAAUCUGCUCAGGUGGUUUCGUUCUGUUGAGUCUCAUACUGCCUAUAAAACACCACCACAGUUUAUUGGUGUUUUCAAUUUUAAGGAAUAAAGAUAUAAGUAAACAUACAAGUUGGAAAUGUCUCUUUAGAAAGGCCACCCAGAAUAGCGAUAUCUGUUGCAAUCAUCCAAAUGCAAUAUGAACUUUCCUAGGUGCUAUUAUAAACGGUGUGGUGUCAUUAUACCAAAUGCAGAGGCAGUUACAGUAUUUCUGCAAUACACAUUUGUGUUCCAUAUAGGUUUGCUCACCAACUGCUUCUCACCACUGGUUAAAAUUGAAUUCAAGCCCCAUUGACACAAAUCAUUUAUUGAUUGAACUCUUCAGUUUUUACACUGGAAUUUCUAUAGCUGUCGUAAAAGCUGCAUGUCAUACCACUGUACACAGAGUGCUUUGAUAUUAUUCCUGCACCAUGCAUAGUGAUUUCUGUGUCAUUUUUAUUUUCAGUUGUGCAGUACUAUGGAAGGCAAGAUGUCUUUCCUAGAGGCUGGAAGAAAAGUGUAUUGUACAUUCUAAAUUUAUUUUAGAAAAAGUGCAUGAGAUGUGUCACUGAUUUCUGUUAUUUAUUUGUAUGUUUUAUUAUUCAAAGUGUAUGCACUUUUAAGAAGCAGAAUUUAUAUUUUUAUGUUUGAAACAUCUUAUUUCUGAAACAGCAGUUGAUUAUAUAACAUACAGUUGGAAUUAAGAGAAAAGUGGAAAUGUAACAAAAAUAUAAUAAAUUUAUUACAUGAUGUCCUCUUCAAGCCACAUUCCUGUCUUCUCCCCCUUGCCAACCAGUAUCUUUUUGGUGUUGACUAAAAUUGAUAAUUGUACUGCAUCAGUCUUUACAGAAUGCCUAAAAAUUGCAGUGUUUAAUUUAAAACACAAGUUACGGAAAGAUGCAUACAUAUGUUCUCUGUGUAGAAGUUUAAAAAACAAAAAAUCACAUCCAUGCUUGUAAAAUUUUCACAAUCAGGGAUGGUUAUUCCUAUUUCCUCAGAGACAGUUUGUCCUGGGCCAUGGAUAUGGACAAAAACUCACAUUCCGAUUCAGUGCAACAGAUUUUCAACAUUUUGCAUUAUCUUCCCUCUUUUGCUAAACAUUUAUGAUGGGAAGAAAUAGUUAUAUAAGGACCAUUCUUUCUGGGCUGUCUCAUAUCUGAGAUAUUUAGUAUCUUUGUUAACAUUUUUCCAGCUGUCUUUCCCAACCUUCAGGACAGAACUCCCGACAUCACGUGUGGCCACUUGAGGGCACUAAAGAUCGGUAUUAUCAAAUGCGUUUAAAAAGUCCAGCCUGCAGGUUGUUAGCCUCUUAGUGGGGAAGUGUGUAUUCAGUAUGAGUUGAGGAGUAUGGUAUUAGUGAGCAGGAGGUUUCUGUUUAGGGGAGUGUCACCAGCCAUUAUUUAUUCCCGGAAAGUGUUGAAUACAGAUCAGGGCAGAUUUUGUUUUCCCAAAGCACAGCAUUAUGGUUUAGGGUUGGGGUGGGGGGAGCUGAUGUUCCUGACAAGUGUGAACCACAUGCCGUGCUAGGUACGGCACUUCUAAAGCUCUCUAAUUUUAAAUGAUAAAAUUUUGCUUUAGGUUCUGUUAGAGAGUUUAACCAUGUAGUACACUGAUUAUUCAAGAGGCUUCAUUAUGCCACAAGGUGUUCACAUGUCAUAAAAUAUGUAGAUUUAAUAGUUAUACAAAUAUUUAAGGAUCAUUUUGCCUGUCUUAGGAUUUGGAAGAUUAUUUUCCAAUACUUGAGUGGUCAACAUCUCUCUGAAUAGUUUUUGGGUCCCUGUAAAUCUUCCUGAAAAAAGCAAAGUUGUGAUAACACCCCUUGCCUGGGGCUGCAUGUUCCUGUGUGUUAAAUUGCCCCGUGGGUGAUUCUAGGGUCACUCUGACUGUUGGAUAUGGCUUGAAGUCCUCCCCACCCCAGUGUCCCCUUUCUCUUUCCCAGCUGGGUUCCAUGUCAUAUAUUCUAAUUGUGUGUACAUCAUCUAACAUAACAUGUUGAAUGGUUAAUAUUCACUUUGAUUUACUAAUAGAUUUACUUUCCAUUGCUCUUCACUCCUUCCUGGGUUCUCCCAGGUUUAUGCCCCAGGUUUCCUCUCUGCAGCCUUGUUGCCUUCUCAGGCCUGUUUAUGAGGGUCAUCUGGUAGAUUUCAUCUUUCUGGCUGGGCUGGGUCUACCUUGUGCAAACCCCUAUGGAAUUUGGUCUUGAUUUGGUCUGGUGUUAGCUAUAUUUUUUACCCCCUGCUAACACCUGCUACACACAGAGGACAAAUUUUUGCAUUAUGUCAUAUAACCCAGUGGCCUUGCACCCGUUUCUUACCGCUUUCAGGGAUUUGACAUCAGUUUGACUUGCUCUUUGCAUGUCUAACACCUCCAUUUUUCUUGUGGAAUGCAGAAAGAUGGUGCAAAUGAUACUGCAGUGCCUAGAUGGAAUCAGGCCUCCCUGCCCCCGUGGGGUCUCAGGGAUCUUGCAUCUAGCUCACCUCCCCUGCGCCUGUCCUUUGUUUAGGACUCCUGAGAGAGGCCCUCAGUGCACAGAUCCAGUUCCAGAGGCAUAGGGAUACGGGUGUCAUACAUCUUUCCCCUCCGAGAGUGUGGAAUGGACAGCAAGUGGGGAUUGUGCAGUGGGGACUGAGGAUGGAUGGCGCCAGCCUCAGGGUUCCAAGUCCAUAAAAGUUGUGGUGGCGAAGGUGCCCCUUUACUGUCUCACUCAGAAUCGCAGUCCAGAUUCCUUUAUUUAGCAGUGCCUCCUGUGUGCCCAGCUGCUGGGGAUGUGACCAUACUUGGAGGAGCUCACUGGCCGGUCAGGGGUCAGGUUGGCCAAUAGAUAACAUUUCAUCAAGUUUGCCACUUAUUCCCUGCUCGUCCCUCAAGGCAUUGUCCCUACAAUGCUCUUCUCCAAGAUGCCCGCCUGGCUCAUUCCCUCAUCUCCUCCCCAUCUUUACUCAAAUAUCACCUUCUUUAUUGAGGCCUUCCCUUACCACCCUUUUAGAACACUGCAACCUGCUUCACACACUCUCUGUCCUCCCUGUUUUAUUUUCUGCAUAUCACUUAUCACAACUACCAUAGGGCUUAUGUGAGCUGAUUGGUGAGCUUACAUGAGAGCAGGGAGGUCUGCCUGUUCUAUUCACCGCUCUUUUCUCAGCAUCUAAGAGUGCCAAGCUUAUAGCAGUUACUAGUAAAUAUGUACUAACUGAAUUAGUAAUUUACUUGAGUCUUUCUAUCCAGAAGAUGGAGGAUACUGGUACGUGCAUCACAGAGUGGUGAGAGUUAGAUGGAACGGAUGCCUUUAAGCCUUCAGUAUGGUGCCUGGCACAGAGAAAGCACUGGCUGAAUGGAGCCAUUUAUAAUGAUAACAAUAGUGAUGGAAAGGAGGAGCCGACCCUCUUGGGGUCAGAGGAGGGGGCAGUGGGGCAUAACUCACACUUUCCAGGCUGGGAAAACUGCUUGCCCUCUCUGGAAACCCCGAGUCCAGUCUUCCUGGAAUGUAGGGCAGGAAGGCAGGAAGCACUGGAUGAAGGCAGUGGGAGAUCCCAUCUAGAGGGACCUUUUAUGACCUGGUCCAUUUGUCCUGUAGUAAAUGAAAAUCCAGGAAGAGAUUUUAGUUUAGGGGAGAAGAGAUCCAGUUUGUCCCUUCGCGUGGUCACCAUGACAAGAUGUGUCAUGAGAGAGCCGGUUCGGAGCUGGUUGCAGGAGUCUGGGUGCAGUGUGCACAAGGGGUGACCGAAAGCGAUGCUGGGUGGCUGGAGAACACGGCGACACCUGUGCUCAGGGCCCACAAGCAGGCUGUAGGGUUCGAAUCCUGGGUGUCCUGGUGUGCAACUUGCUAGCUGGACAAUCUUGGGCAGGUUACUCAACUCUACAGCUCAAAUUCUCCACACCUGUAAAAUGUGGGUAACAGCGUCUACAUGAUCUUCAUGAGCCUUAAUCGGAGUGGCUGGUUUAUUUACAUUUAAUAUAAUCACUAAUGUAUUUGAUUUUUUUGGUAAUAUCUUACUGUCCUUUGGAUAUUUGUCCCACUUAUAUUUAUUCUUGCUUUUUCUUUUAGAUAUAUCAAGCAUUUUUUAAAUUUUAAAUUAAAAAUUUUUUCUUCUUACCUUACAGAACAAAGCAUUUCUUAAAUUCUAAUUUUUCACCUCAUCUUGUUCUUUUACUCUCCUUGUGAGGUUAUCCUUGUAAUUUCAACGUGUGCUUUUGAUUUAUAAGAUUCAAAGAAAAAAAUUUGUAUUUGUUUACCCCUUGAAGGGUUUUAUUUAAGACACUAGUUCCAUUUACCCCUUUCCACCAGUUCUUUUUGUUCUGCAUUCUAAUUCUAUGCAUGUCAUCUAACCUAACAUUAUUAGUCAAUAUUCACUCAGAUUUACUAACGUAUUUACUUUCCAUUGCUCGUCACUCCUUCAGGCCAGUGUUUGAUUGCUUCUGUCUGAGAUCAUUUUCCUUCAGCCUGAACAACUCUCUUCUUUUUAAGCCCGUGUCAAUGAUGCAUUUUUUUAUUUGAUUGCGAAUGCCUUUAUUUUGUCUUCUUGAAGGCCAUUUUCACUGGGAAUAGAAUCCUAGGUUGGAAUUACUUCAUCCUCAUUCCAUGGCCUUCUGCCUUUCACUGUUUACGUUCUUAAGUCAGUUAUCAGUCUCAUUACUGUUUCUUUGAAGAUAUGUGUGGUUGUUUUUUUUUUUUUUUCCUGGUUGCUUUCAAGAUGCCUCUCGUUGGUUUCCAUCAGUUUUAUUAGGAUGGUGUUUUGUUUUGUUUUUAUCCUUCACUUCAUAUAUUAGACUUAGACACUUCUCAGGUAUUAUUGCCUUAAAUAUUGCUUCUGACCCAUUUUUCUUGUCCUCUCUUAAAAUCCAAUUUUAUGUGUUUUGUAUUUUAGACUUCCACCAUGUCUCAAAUAUACCUUUCACUCUUUUUUUGUAUUUUCUCUUCUUUUUCAUCACCAUACCUCAGUCUGGAUGGUUUCUACUGAACGAAUCUUUUCAGCUGUGUUCCAGUCUUGCCAGAUUAAAUAAAGGACAUUCUUAUUAAAGUUGAAUUUUGGAUAAAUUGUGAAUAAUUUUUUAGUGCAUGUCCAAAAUUUUGAAUGAGUAUACUUAUAUGAAAAAAUAUUUGUUGUUAAUCUAAAAUUCUAAUUUAACUGGGCAUCUGUUUUUAUUUGUCAGUUCUGUUCACCUUGGCUAAGUCUAAUCUGCUACUAAACCAACCAAAUAGUAUUCUUAAUUUUGGUUAUGGUGUUUUCAGUUCUGGAAUUUACAUUUGCUUCUUCAGAGACUCUAGGUCUCUGGUUAAAUUCUUCAUUUGAUUGUCUGUUUUCUUAAACAUAUUAGUUAUUUUAAAGCUUGGCUCUGAUAACACUAGUAUCUAGUGACUAGAUUUCUUUCUAUUGUCUGUAUUUUUCUUUUGUUCUGCUUCUUGGUGUGCUUUUUGAUUAAUGCUAGGCAGUGUGUAGGAAAAAAUGUGUAGGCUCUGGCUGAUGAUAUUUUCCUCUAGAGAGAAUUCACCAUAUUUCCUGGUCAGCAGCUAGGGAAUGAGUGGACUCAAAGGUGGGUUGUAGUUGUGAUAAGACUCUGCUGCCUCAGGUCAUCUCGAAUAAGAAUGAACAUUCAUUUCAUCAUGCAACAAGCAUUUGUGGAACACCUGCUAUGUGAAGCACUGGCAUGGGCAUGGGGUACAUUAGCAAAAAGACAGGGAAAAAAAAACUCCCUUCCUCAAAUGGAGUUUAUCUUCUAGUUCACCUGUCCAGAAAUUAAUAAUAAUAAUAAUAAUAAUAAUAAUAAUUGACCUUAGCUGGGACCAGCUUCCAGAAGGAACAGAAACGUGGAGGUAAGGUGGUAUUAAAACAGUGUGGAGAUACACACCAAAACAUGAUUCUCUGCUCUAUUCCCACACCCCAGCCUUCCUAUCUUGGUAAAUGACAUCGUCAUCCAGUCCAGCUGCUCAGUCCAGAAACUAAGGAUCCAUCCUUGACACUGCUUUUCCCCUCAACUGCCUCCUUACAGUGAAUCCAUUCACAAGCCCUGUCCAGUCCAAUUUCCACAAUUAUGUUCUUAAUCUGCCUCACUUCUCUUUCUCUCCAUUGAUAACACCAAGUCCAAGUCACAUGAUCUCUAGACUGGAGCCCCUUAUCAACCUCUUAAAUUUGUCCACUUAUCCAAUUCUAUCUUUAGUCUGUUCCUGCUGCCAUAACAAAACGCCUUAGACUGGGUAAUAUGUAAACAAUGAAAACAUAUUGCUAACAGUUCGGGAGGCUGGGAAGUCCAAGAUCAAGCCUCCAGCAGAUUCAGUGUCUGGUGAGAGCCUGUUCCUUAUAGAUAGCACCUUCCAGCAGUGUCCUCAUAUGGUGGAAGAAACAAGCUCCCUCGAACCUCAUCUGCAAGGGCACUUAUCCCACUCAUGAGAGCUCUGCCCUCAUGACCUAACACCUAAGGGGCUCACCUCUUAAGACAGUUGCACUGGGGGUUAGGUUUUGACGUGUGAAUUUGACGUGAAUUUGAGCAAGACACCAACAUUCAGAUUGUAGCACCAUCUUAUGUCAUUUUUCUUUCACUUCGGGCACAGAAGCCACAUUUUAGUGUCUUGAACACAGGGUCUUGGCUGUUUUCCAAGAAUGCUCUUCCUUCAGAUGGUCGUGGGGCAAGUUCUUCCUCAUCUCAAAUGGACCCUUAGACCGCCUUGGACCACCAUAACCACAGUUACCCUUCCACUCUAUGGUCAUUCUCUAUCUCAGGACCUUCCUUUACCUUGAUAGUAUUUCUCAGUCUCUGAAAUUCUUAUUUAUUUGUUCACUGGUUUAUCAUCUGUCUUCCCCCAAAUGGAAUGCAGUUACCAUGAGAGAAAAAUCAUUUAUCUGCCUUUUCUCUGCUACUUGAGUCAUUCUGGAUACUUUCAGCUGUAACAGAAUCUCCAACCAACGUACUCCAUUCUUUUAAUUUUAUACUUUUGCAUACCGAGGCCCAAAGAGAUUAAGUAACCCCUCUAAAAGUCAUGCAGGAAAUAACUGGUAGGCUUUGAAUGUUAACCUGGGCCUGUUUUCUUUCAAAGCUUUUUUUUUUUUUUUUCCAAUUAUUACUUCGAUACCCUACACCAUGUUAAAUAGGAAAACAAUAAACAUACACAACUGCAUUUUGUAAAGCAAUUACUAGAUGGGGAAUUCUAGAUUGAUAGGUCCUUUUUGUAGUCCCUGAGUAACUUUUACUACAGCAAAUUCAGGAAGUGAUGCAAUUUCUACUUUUUGGUAACAGAAUUUAGGAGAGCCUCCUUGGGUUGAUUUGUUAAAACUUAAAAAUAAUUUUAGACUUAUAGAAGAGUUGCAAAAAUAGUUCAGAGGAUUCCUAUAUACCUUUCAGCUGACUUCCCUUAAUGUCAACAGCUCAUAUAACCGUAGUACAAUUUUCAAAGCCAGAAAUUAACAUUGGUACAAUACUAUUAACUAAACUACAGAUUUUAUCUGGAUUUCACUAGUUUUUCCACUUGCUUUUGUCAUUGUUCCAGAAGUUGAUCCCAGAUUCCACAUUGCAUAUAAUUAUCCUGUCUCCUCAGUUUUACAAUCUGUGACAGCUCAGUUUUUCAUGACCUUGACAUUGAUUGAUUGAUUGAGGAAGGAUCUUGCUCUGUUGCCCAGGUUGGAGUACAGAAGUGCAAUCAUAGCUGACUGCAGCCUUGAUCCUCCCAGGCUCAAGUGAUCCUCCUGCUUCAGCCUUCUUAGUUAGCUGGGUCCGUAGGUAUGCACCACUAUACCCAGCUAAUUUCUGUAUUUUUUUGGUAGAGACGGUGUCUCCUCAUGUUGCCCAAGCUAGUCUUGAACUCCUGGGCUCAAGCAAUCCUCUCACCUCAGCCUCCCAAAGUUCUGGGAUUAUAGUAUAGGCAUGAGCCACUGUGCCUGGCCAACCUUGACACUUUUGAAGAGCAUUAGCCACUUAACAUAGGAUGUCCCUCAAUUUGGGGUUUGUCUCAUGUUUUCUCAUGAUUAGAUUGAAGUUUUGCAUUUUGGGGCAAGAAUAUCACCAAAGCAAUGUGCCCUUCUUGGUGCUUCAAAGGAGUCAGCGAGGCAUCAAUAUAUCUUAUUACUGGUGAUAUUAACCUUGAUCACUUGGUUCAGGUGGGUUUCGCCACUGUAAAGCUACUUUUUUCCCUCAUCAUUAAUAUAUAUGUCUUGGUAGAAAUACUAUUUUUAGACCAUGCAGCUAUCCUGUUUCUCCCCAAACAUUGACCUGCUAAUUUUAGCAUCCAUCAGUGUUACCUUGCCUGCAAUAAUUUAUAUAACUGUGGGAUUCUAAUGGUGAGGGAAAGACAUUUUAAAAGCCUCAUGUAAUGAGCAGGCCAGAGGCGGGGCUGGUGCAGGAGCUGGCUCCAUGUCUCAGCAGUGCCACCAAGGAUCCAGGCUCUUCUCUUUCCCGCUGCCGUUCUCAGCAUGGUGGCCUUUGUUCUCAUAUCUGGCCUUCAGCAGCUUCCAUGGUUCUGUUAACCUGACAACAUCCAGCUGAAGAAGAUGGGACCUUUCUCCAUCUAGGUGUCUUUUAACCAGAAAGGAAAAUAUUCCCCAGAACCUCCUCUGCUCCCUGAAACUCUUCCCUCAGAUUACCUGCCCAUGACUGAGUUGCAAGGAAAGCAAAGAAAGUAUCUGGCAUUUCUAGCCAAUGCUGGGGGUGGAGGAUGGGCUCUGGCCCAGAAGACACUGGAGAGUGAAUGCUGGGGACGCAGCCUACUGGCUCUUCCCUGUCUUAUCACCCCCAGCCCCUGAGGCAGUGCCCUGCACCUGCCAGCACUCAGUAGAUUUUCGUGGAGUGAAUGAGGUUGUCAGUUGCCUAGAGGCUUCUAAUCUGCCAUCCCCUGGAAGCAUCAGGGUUCUUGAAUGUGGCAUCCAGGGAGGAGAAUGACUUGGAGAGUGGAUCAAAGGAGUGGUGAGGUCAGUGUGACAACCCUGAGUGGCAAAGGUGGGUUCCUAGUGGAAGAAGAGUUCCUGGCUCAAGGACCCCCUUAGCUUCAUGGCACUUUAGCCUCCAGCAGGGUGCCAUACCUCUGGCCCUCAAGCUGUCUGUACCAAAGGCUUGAAAAAUCUUUAGGAGGCAUUUUUGAAGGAAGACAGAGAAACCUGCCUGCUAGACCCACCCCCUCUACUAAAAAGGUUUCCCUGGAGGAACCGGGGAGCUGAAGGGAGGUCUCUGUACACUCAGGACUCUUGCACCAGGGACCUCAGACGCAGCCUGGUAGCUUGUUUAGUAAAUAAUGACAUUGUUAUAAAUAUUUAAUAAGUCAAGGGACUGCAGUGCAUGAAAAAUUGAUGUCCCUGUGUGGGAAAAUGCAGGUUUUUCUCUCUACGUAUGCUCCGGAGGAGGCAGUUAGAGUCUGACGUCUGCUCAGGCUGACACCUGUAUUUGUGGUAGGACUGAUGAAUGGCGGGAGAAAUAUUCGCCAUGUUUAGGAAGCAUCAAUCCAUCAUGCUGGAAUUUAGGCUGAGGGAGGAAUUCGCUGCCAUCAAUAUUCUCCAUGUUUAUUAAGCUGUGUGCGCCUUACGUGAGGCAGCAGGUCCUGCACGGGUCCCGGGAGUGGCGCCUCUGGAAAGGGCACGGUGGCUCCUUGAUGAAUGACUUUAAUAAGAAGCAGCUUGGAAGUACCUUCAAGUAAGAAACUAAUCACAAUAAUUAGAUGUUUCUUAAUCAUUUAUUUAUUUUAUAAUGUAUGCCCUGCCUGCUUCCAGAAAAAGAAUGAAAGCGGCUGGCAAUGAAAACACAUCUACCCAGGAUGUUUCAAAUGAAGAUAAACAGGAGAUCAGAAGCCAUAUUGGGGGAGUGAAUUUUUCUUAAUGAACUUUCCUGCUUUCAGCUGAGAAUACUGUAUUUGCUUUGCCGGGAAGUCACCUUUUGCUUGGAGGAGCCACAGGAACAGAUGUAAAAGCAGUAGUUGUAGGUGUCGCAGGGACAGGGUAUGAAGUGGAAGCAUGAUGUGACCUGUAGCCUUGGCAUCUCAGCACGGGGCUUCCAGCCACAUUUGCAUUUCAUUUAUCAUCACUCCAAACAAAUCUGUGUGUCUGCAGCAGGGCGGCAUGAAAAAUUAAUGCCCCUGUGUCAGGCAGAGCUUGUCAGAGUUACCGUGCAGAAAGGGAGUAACAAAAGGGUAACAUGCAUGGUCCUUUCUACUUAACAGCCACUCUUGUGUUCCCUGAAUGCCUUCUUCUGAGCCUGCGUGUUGGGGCUGAUGGAGCAGCCAGACCCUUCCUGUAGGCUGAAGGUGGAGAGCCUGUCUCUGGGCAGUAGCUCAGGCCAUGUUUCAGGAGUUUGCCUGACCUCCCGACCCAGUGAGGGCUGGAGAAGUAACUGUGGUCAGAGCUAAGUGACCAGUCUUUGCUGAGCCAUCUUGGACACAGAGCGGGAGAAAGAAGACAGUCUCUCCAGCCCCUAAGGAUUCCCAGAAAGCAGGCAAGGGCAGAGAUGUUCUAGAGAGGCUCCUGUGUAGAAUUACCUAGGGGUUAGGUGGAUGAGAAGCUGGAAGGACUUGAGCAUCUGUUGCUUUGAAACCUUGAGAUGCAGUGGCUCACGCCUGUAAUCCCAGCACUUUAGGAAGCUGAGGUCAGGAGUUUAAGACCAGCCUGGUCAACAUGGUGAAACCCUGUCUCUACUAAAAAUACAGAAUUAGCCAGGCGUGGUGGUACAUGCCUGUGGUCCCAGCUACUCAGGAAGCCGAGGUAGGAGAAUUGCCUGAAUGCAGGAGACAGAGGCUGCAGUGAGCUGAGAUCAUGCCAUUGUACUUUGUACUCCAGCCUGGGUGACAAGAGCAAAACUCCAUUUCAAAAACAAAACAAAACAAAAC